AUGCUGCCCGCGAUGCACCGCCUCGACGGCGGCCGCAGCGCCGCCUCCAACACGCCGCUGGACCUCUCAGCGUCGCUCUCACGCAAGGAGAAGCGCACCACUGUCGUGGAUUCCGACGCGUCCGAGGCCGAUCCCAAUGCGGUGAAAGCCCCAGUCAUCAUUGCAACGUCGCAGCAGAGCCGCUUCCACACUGUCACGUUCGACGAGUUCGGCAAGAACGUUCUACUCAACCAGUUCACUCUCGCCAUUGGGUCGGCCCCUCCGAAAGGGUCCGGAGACCCCGUGGGGGUCGUGGAGCUGCUGCGAGACACGCAGCUGAAGCUCAACUACGGCUCUCGCUACGGCCUCGUGGGUCCCAAUGGCAUCGGCAAGUCCACGCUGCUCACGGCGCUGGCGGACGGACUGGUGGAGGGUCUCCCGGCGUCGCUCAAGAUCCUGUACGUGAACCAGUUGGACACGUCGUCGCUGACGCCCGAGUCGGCGCAGCAGUCGGUGCUGCAGACGGUGUUGAGUGCGGAUACCAGAGUGAGCGAGCUGCAGCAUAAGAUCGACGUGCUGCAGCGGGCGGAGCUGCUGCACGCUCUGCUGACGAUCCAGGUGAUGGAAGCGGAGCAGGCUCAAGAAGCGGCCAGUAAGAUCGCCAUUAAGAGAAGUGGCAUGCUCGGCAAGGACGCACGACUGAGGCUGCUGGAAGUCGAGCACAAAGUGGCGGAUCUACGCCAAAGACUGCAGUUUACUACCCUAUCAGAUGAUGGCGAGCAUGAGAGCGUGGUCGCCGCUAACGAGACAGAGGUUUUGCAUGAGAUCCAUAAGAAGAUGGAGGAGUUCCAGCAAGCGCUCAAGGUGCUGGACGAAGCGUCGAUGGAGGCACGCGCACGCCGAAUCCUGGCAAGUAUGGGCGUGGAUCCUAAUAAGCAGGACGCGCCGCUGUCGUCGCUGAGUGGCGGCUGGCAAGUGCGAAUUCUCCUAGCGCGCGUGCUCUUCAUGGAGCCGGACUUCUUGCUCUUGGAUGAGCCGACGAACCACUUGGACAUGCCCUCGAUCUUGUGGCUGAAGAACUACCUGCUGACUCUGGAACAGGUACUGGCAAGCCCAGUGACGCUGGUCGUCGUCUCUCACGAUCGGUUCUUCUUGAACGCCGUGACGGACGAGACCAUCUUCUUCCGCGGGUACGACAAGACGCUGGCUUACUACGACGGCAACUAUGACGCAUUCGAAGAGGCGAUGGCGUCCAAGAGGCAGUUCAACGCUCGCUUGCAGACCAAACUGGACAAGAAGACGGAGCAGAUGAGCGCAAUGGUCUCCAAGAUCGCCCAGCAAGCGGCGCGCUCAAAGGACGACAAGAAAUUGCAGGUCGCGGCCUCGAAGAAGAAGAAAAUGGACCGCAUCGGCAACGAGCGCAGUGCGAAGGGGACGAGGUUCAAGCUCAACCGCGACCGUAUUGGAUACUUCCUAACGGACCGCGAUCAGGCCGAGGACCAGGCCAAGUACGAUGAGACUGAAGGAGGAGCGAGCGCGAGCUCCGCCUGGCGGAUCCUGUCCAGCAGCCCUCCCCAGAUUCGGAACCUUACCAAGCUGGACAAUACGACAAUGAUCUCUCUUGAGAACGUGUCAUUUCAGUACGACACGGCUGAUACUGGGGCGACUACCGAGAAGCCGAAGACACCUCUUGUUGUCGAGAACCUCAACCUCACCAUCAACUAUGGAGACAAGGUCGUGCUUGUGGGUCGCAACGGAGCUGGCAAGACAACAUUCAUGAAGCUGCUGAGUCGCGGACUGGGGCCAAAGCGCGGAAAGGUCGAGUACUUCCACGGCGCGCGGGUGGCGUCGCUGAUGCAGCACAACGUGGAGGAUCUCAAGCGCCAGGAGUGGUCUCGAGGACUGGCCCCACUGGAACUGCUGCGAUCGCGGCUCCAAGCUGACGAGGCUUCUUCCCAGACUGUUGCAGCUGAACUGGGAGGAAGCUCGAGUGCCUCAGACCAUGCUAACGAUGGCAAGAUGCGUGGACACCUGAGCAGCUUUGGCAUCACGGGCGGCGCAGCCGUGGCAGUCCCGCUGCAUGCUUUAUCAGGUGGGCAAUUAGUGCGCGUGGGGCUGGCGUGGGCCACGUUCCCGUACCCACCGCACGUCCUGCUCCUGGAUGAGCCGACGAACCACUUGGACAUGAGCACGAUCCAACUGCUAGGCGAGGCGCUGCGCAAGUAUCAAGGAGCGGUCGUGCUCAUUUCGCACGACCUGCACUUCCUCGACAUCCUCACGAACGGGAGCCAGCGCGCAGAGGAUUCCGAGGGAGACGAUGAUGACGAAGCGUGCGGGCGUGUGCGAGUCUUUGAGGUGAGCAAGAAGAAAGGAGUCGUGUCGCUCUUGCCACUGGAAAGAGUGGAGGCGUACCGGGAGAAGGAAGAGAGACGCAACGCCUCCCUUGGACGCAUAUAG